AUGGCGUUCUCGAUGAAGCUCAAGCCGGGGAAGAAGGCUGUCAAGCCGGUGAUAAACCCGAUGGCGCAAGGACCCAAACUCUUCUCCAUGGACGAGCGCCCUCCAGAGCCAUCACGAAGGACCAACCUACCACCGCCACCAGUGCCUAUGCUGGCCGUCGUCAACCAGAGCAAGUCGGACCGCGCCGUCCAAGAAGCGCUUGCAAGCGACCCGAACGCGUUCGACUAUGAUGGCGUCUACGACUCGAUGCAGGCCGAGCGCGUCAAGCAAAAGGCGGCCAAGAAGGUCCAAGGGGUCCCGCAGUCCAAGUACAUCAACGUGCUCCUGGAGAAGGCCAAGGUGCGCGAGAUUGAGCACGACCGCAUUCGCGAGCGCCGCCUUCUGAAAGAGCGUGAAGAAGACGACAAGAUCCACGGCGACAAGGAAAAGUUCAUCACGUCCUCGUACAAGCGCAAGCUCAUGGAAGCCAAGCGCUGGGAAGAGGAGGACGCUCGGCUCGCCGCCAUUGAAGACGCCCAAGAUGUCACCAAGCGGGGCGAGCUCGGCAUGGCCGGCUUCUACGCCAAUUUGCUCACCAACAACAUUGCGAUGGGCGGCGACGUCGAGAAGGCGACAAGCGCCUACACGACGGGGCACAUUUCCGAGGCGUCCAAGCGGCAAAAGGUCGUCGACGACGCACCGCAGACCAACGAGCCGGCGGCGCCUGCCAGUGAAGACACGCCUGUGGACACAGUCGCUACGCCAAUGGACGAAACGUCGUCCGUCGACGCGCCCGUGAACGAGACGAUCCAGAACGAAGUGCCGGUCGCGCCGGCGAAGAAGAGCCGGGAAGACUUGAUUCGCGAAGCGAAAGAGCGCUACUUGGCCCGCAAGCAGCAAGGCCAACAAGGGUAA